AUUUAAGGCAGUGACUGUAGACAUAUUUAAAGAGGAUAGUCCAAUAACACAAUCUGCAGAUCACAAAUACACACCAAAUCAGUGACGACAGCAGGAUAUAUUGAAAAACAACCUAAGAUUGGUGACCUGUCUAGUGGCAAUAUGAGCACAAAGGGUGGCACUGCCCUGUCCCGACGCAACUAUCGCCUGGCAUCUGACACAGACAAACCCAAAGUUACAGGUAUUGUCAAUGAGAAGCUAUUGAGUGAUUAUCUGCAUCAUGUGUUUCCCACCACCGGUAAGAUGGGGCCAGCAUCUGCGACAUACAGAAAAACGUUGACAUUUCAGGAUCUUGGAGCCCAUCUGGAGAAGCUGCUGGCUGAAGAUAAUCUCACAGAAGAUGGAAGAGACCAGGUAGAAGGUUGUCUUGGACCUUCGACUGUUGUCCUGGAUCACAGCAGUGGGUUUGAAGGCCUGUUAUUUGUUGACGAUGAUCUGCUGGGGGUUAUAGGCCACAGCAACUUCAGCUCCAUCAGAGCCACCACAUGUGUCUACAAAGGGAAAUGGGUGUAUGAAGUCCUUAUCUCAUCUCAAGGCCUGAUGCAAAUCGGAUGGUGCACAUUGAACUGCAGGUUCAACCAAGAGGAAGGGGUUGGCGACACGCCAGACUCGUACGCUUACGAUGGAAACAGAGUUCGCAAAUGGAAUGUGACAACCACCAACUACGGCAAGUCUUGGGCUGCUGGAGAUAUCGUCAGCUGUUUGAUAGAUUUGGAUGAAGGAACAAUUACGUUUUGUCUAAAUGGACAGUCCCUUGGGAUCGCAUUCAGUAAUAUUAAGGCGGGGCUGGGCGUCGCAUAUUUUCCUGCGAUCAGUCUCUCGUUUAAAGAGUCUGUAGCAUUCAACUUCGGCAGCCGUCCUCUCAGGUACCCUGUGGAAGGCUACCUUCCUCUGCAAAGCCCUCCUACCGCUGACCUCACCAAAGCCAACAAGCUCCUGGGAUACCUCAAGACUGUUCUGUCCAUCUCUAUUGACACACAGGAGGAAAAGCUAAUCGAGACAGACAGCUCGUCUUGGCAGAUUCAGGGUGAUCCAACAGUCCUGGUCACCCUCGCACAUAUAUUUAACCACUUUGCACCUCUAAUGUGUAAAGUCUACUUGGUGGAAGAUGUGCUGAUGAACUUCCUGUUGGGUAUUCUGGAGGGGGGCGGAUCGGUGGACGAACAUCCACUUAUACAACAACUGUUGGACCUUUUCUGGCUUCUCAUGGAGGACUACGAGGUUAAUGAGUGUUUGAAGCAGCUGAUGAUGUCACUGCUGAGAGCGUAUCGUUUCUCUCCCAUCAUCCCUGACCUGGGCUUUCAGAUUCAUUACCUCCGUUUGACCACAGCAAUCCUGCGUCAUGAGAAGUCCAGGAAAUACCUGCUGAGCAACGUUCUAUUUGACGUGCUGCGGUCUGUGGUCUUCUUCUACAUCAAGACUCCUCUGAGGGUGAAGGAAGCCGGGCUAGAGGAGCUCAUACCAACCACAUGGUGGCCAACACGUAUUGACAAAGAGGGCAAAGACGAGAGAGACACUCGCGAGGAGACGGCAGAUGAGAGGCUGAGACGUCGAGCGUACGAGCGUGGCUGUCACAGGCUCAAAAAGAGGAUUGAGGUUGUGGAGGAGUUACAGGUUCAGAUCCUCAGGCUGAUGCUAAACAACAAAGACAAAGGGACGGGAGAGGCAUCCCGAUACAUUUUCCUGAACAAAUUUCGCAAGUUCCUUCAAGAGAACGCCAGCAACCGAGGGAACCCCACAGUGUUGUGUCCACCGGAAUACAUGGUGUGUUUCUUACACCGGCUCAUCACGGCCAUCAGGAGCUACUGGGAUGAAGGCAAAAGGAAAAGUCCAGGAUCAAUCAGCAGUGAAGAUGCCUAUGUGCCCCCUCAACUCUUCUACAAUGGGAAGGUUGAUUACUUUGACCUUCAACGGUUGGGAGGACUUCUCUCGCAUUUGAAGAAAACUCUCAAAGAUGACCUAGCUGCAAAGGCCAACAUCAUCAUAGACCCGGCGGAGAUCCAGGCCACCACCAUGGACGAUCUGGAUGAGGAUGAGGAGACCGGAGCUGCCCAGAGACCAUCUGGAGCCGUUGCCAUGGGUGGUGCUUUGGCCCGGCCCAGCUGGUUGAGUUCCCCGACGCUGGGCAGAGCCAAUCGCUUCCUGAGCACCGCCGCCGUCAGCCUCAUGACCCCUCGACGACCUCUUGCCCCGCCUGAGAAGGUCAAGGUCCGAACUCUUGCUGUUGAGGAGAGGACAGAGGGAGACAUCGAGGGAAGCCAUGGUAACGAUGGCCUGUUGCUGGGGCGACCGUUAGAAGAGCCUGACCAGCCAAUCACGGAGAAGUCACUGUUAGAGAUUCUGGAUGGAGUCGUGAUGAUGUACAAUCUGAGCGUUCAUCAACAGCUUGGCAAGAUGGUGGUUGUAUCUGAUGAUGUUCAUGAAUACGCUGUCGCCCUCAAAGACACGGAGGAGAAGAUCGCCCGAUGCCCGAGCAAAAGACCGGAUAUUCUAGAAGAGUUGCAAAAGAGCCAAAAAGUGUUUGCUGAGAAGCUGAACCACCUGAGUCGUAGGUUGGCCUGGAUCAACGCUACCAUCUACUCCAAGGAAAAGAUGUUGGAUUUGUACUGGCUCCUGCGAGUGUGUAUUUGCACUAUCGAGCAUGCAGAUAGCACUGGCUCUCUUUUCGCCUUCAUGCCGGAGUUCUACCUCAAUGUGGCCAUGAACAGCUACAGCGCCCUCAAGAACUACUUCAGCCUCUCCAACUGCAUGGAAGAACUUCCAGGUUAUGAGAACACGCUCACACAGCUUGCGGCAAUUCUCGCCAAACACUUUGCAGAUCCACGCAUCAUCGGGACGGAUAUCAAAGACUCACUGAUGCAGGCUUUGGCCAGUUAUGUGUGUUACCCGCAGUCACUGCGUGCUGUUGAGAGGAUCCCAGAGGAACAGCGAAUGGCUAUGAUGAGGAACUUACUAGCUCCGUAUGAACAAAGACCCUGGGCUCAAACCAACUGGAUCCUGGUUCGUCUUUGGCGGGGUUGUGGGUUUGGCUACAGAUACACUCGACUGCCUCACUUGCUGAAAACCAAACCUGAGGAUGCCAACCUACCCAGCCUACAGAAGCCCUGCCCAUCGCUUCUGCUGCAGAGACACAUGGCUGAACUGCUCAGUCAGGAUAAAGACAUGGCUGCCAGCUUCCUCAACAGUGUAUUAAACCAGCUCAACUGGGCCUUCUCUGAAUUCAUCGGCAUGAUACAGGAGAUCCAGCAGGCGGCCGAGCGACCAGAGAGGAACUUUGUGGACACGAGGCAGCUGAAGGUGUGUGCAACCUGCUUUGACCUCUCUGUCAGUCUGUUACGGGUUCUAGAAAUGACCAUUACUCUAGUGCCAGAAAUAUUCCUGGACUGGACCCGCCCCUCCGCUGAGCUGCUGCUACGCCGAUUGGCUCAGCUCCUGAACCAAGUGUUAAAUCGAGUCACGGCAGAACGAAACCUGUUUGACCGAGUGGUUAACUUGCGUCUUCCAGGCCUGGAAAGUGUUGAUCAUUACCCCAUCCUAGUGGCUGUUACGGGGAUAUUGGUGCGCAUUCUGGUAGACUCGGACAAACAAGGGAUCUCAAGGGCUUCAUCAGUGCUAUUGUCAGAUCCUUGUUUCCAGCUUCAGUCCGUCCAGUACCUGGUCGGAGAGGGAGAGGGCGGAGCCACAGUCGCCGAUCGCAAACACUUCUCUCUGCACGCAUAUACGGACUACAUCAGCGCAGAAGAAGAGCAGAAGGUAGAACAGAUGCUGGUUUUUCUGACAGAGGAUUCCAAACAGGCAGCGGCCAGCACAGCACCGACCAGUGAGGAUGAUCUCUGCCCAAUCUGCUAUGCACACUCCAUAUCGGCAGUCUUCAAGCCCUGCUCCCACAAAUCCUGCAAGGCCUGUAUCAAUCAACACUUGAUGAAUAACAAGGACUGCUUCUUCUGCAAGGCCACUAUCACUGGAGUGGAUGAUUAUACCAAACCGGCCUCCUCUUAGCAUGCCCAUCACACACACUCAGUGUUCAAAAGCUUUGGGUACUGAAAAUCAACAUGAUGUACACUUUCCCCAAAGACACACACAAAAAAAACCACACAUACGCUGACUGGAAACAUUGUUUCUACUACAAAUUGGUCCACUCGAACUUCCAAACCCUCGAAAAAUCAUUUAUGUGGACUUCCAUGUUCAACCUGUUUGUUUUUUUCUGCCAACUUAACCCCUCUGUGUUGGCAUAUCAUAACAUUUUGUCCUCUGGCAAAUGGAACGAGGCUUUGUAAGGCAACAGUCUUUCCCAGAUGUCUUUGUGAUGAAUGGAAGAGAUCGUGUUUAGAGGUUGUGACAGAGUAGGAGGAAAGCUGAAUCUGGAAGACUGCUGGGAUACAACAAAGAGGAAAUGACAAAUCCUCCCUCAGAUGGACAACUUGCUAUCCUCCUCAGUCCAUUGUCUCAAUGUAUUCUCUUCCUCAUCCAUUUUCCUCUUUCAUCUCUCUUUUUCUUCACUAUUCUUAUUUCUUCAUCCCUUCCUUUUUUCUCCCUUUUCCCCUUCCUCCUUCCUUUUCCUUUUCCAAUACACUAUAUUUUCUCUUCCCUUUUCCUCUCCCCCUUCCUUUUCCUCUUCCAAUUAACUUUCUUUUCUCUUCCCUUUUCCCCUUCCUUUUCCUCUUCCAAUUCACUUUCUAUUCUCUUCACUUUUCCCUUCCUCCUUCCUAUUUCUCUUCCAGUUUAUUUCCUUUUCCCCUUUCCCAUUCCUCCUUCCUUUUCCUCUUCCAAUACACUAUAUUUUCUCUUCCCUUUUCCUCUCCCCCUUCCUUUUCCUCUUCCAAUUCACUUUCUUUUCUCUUCCCUUUUCCCCUUCCUUUUCCUCUUCCAAUUCACUUUCUAUUCUCUUCACUUUUCCCUUCCUCCUUCCUAUUUCUCUUCCAGUUUAUUUCCUUUUCCCCUUUCCCAUUCCUCCUUCCUUUUCCUCUUCCAAUACACUGUAUUUUCUCUUCCCUUUUCCUCUCCCCCUUCCUUUUCCUCUUCCAAUUAACUUUCUUUUCUCUUCCCUUUUCUUGUCCCCUUCAUUUUCCCCUUCCUUCUUCAUGUUCCUCGUCCAAUUCAUUUUCUUUUCUCUGCCCUUUCCCCCCACCCUUCCUUUUCCUCUUCCAAUACACUUUCUUUUCUCUUCCGUUUUGGAGAAGAGGAAGAGGGGGAGUCAAAAGGGAGUGAAAAGAAGAAAAAAGAAGUGGGAGAGGAAGGGGAAGAGGAGAAGAAAGGGAAUAGAAAAGAAAGUGAAUUAGAAGAGAAAAAGGAAGGAGGAAUGGGGUAAAAGGAUGAGAAAAUAAAGUGAAUUGGAAGAGGAAACCUUCCUCUUACUAUUUCCUCUGUCUCUUUUCUUCUUCCACUUCACUUCUCUUUCUCUUCCCUUUCCCUUUCCCCCUUCUUGUUCUCUUUUCCCUUCCCUCUUCAUCCUCCCUUUCGCUGUUCCUCUUCUCUUGCUCUUGUCUCUUCCUUUUUUCUUCCUUUUCCGCCUACUCCCUUUUCCUCUUACAUUAUCCUCUUUUUUCACCUUCCUCCUCUCUUCCUUUUUCAAUUACCUCUCUCUUCCUAUUUCACUUCACUUUCUCUUCCCUUCCUUUUCUUUUCCUCUUACCAUUUCCUCUUCAAUUUAUUUUUCUUUUCACCUUCCUCUUCCCAUUACUCUCUUCUUGUUCUCUUCUCUCCCCUUCUUCCUCUUUUCUUUUCUAUUCCUUUUCCCUUUCUCCUUUCUCCCAUUUCCUCUUCUUAUUCUCUUCCUCUUAUUUUCCCCUUCCUUCUCCCCUUCCUACCCUUUUUUUUCUCCAUCCUCUUCUUACUUUUCCUAUUUUCUCUUCCCUUCCUUUCCUCCUCCCUUUUCCUUUUCCUCUUCCCUUUAUCUUUACCUUUUUUCUUCUCGCUCUUCUCUUCCUCUUCCUAUUUUCUCUACUAUCUCUCUUUGCAAACUCUGUUUAAUAUAAUAUCAGGAAGGCAGACAAAAACUCUAUAUGCAUUUGGUAAAGUAUUUUAUACUCUACUGACAGCCAUAUUUGAAAUGACAAUAUGUAGUAACACUAAGCAGAACCUUCAGUCAGUUCUGAUUGUUGUACAAGAAAAGAUCAAAGGUUAAAAAAAUAACUCAUACACACAAAGGAGUUACAUUCACUAGUCAUACAAUAUAUGUAAAAUAAAAGAGUUUUAUUAAGGAUUUAUAAAGCAUCAUACAGAAUAAGAUCUACUUAAAGUUAUAUAUGGUUUUGAAAUAAAACAGUUUACAGUUAGACAAAUUUGAUUUGUGGGACAGUAGUAAGAGUUCAUGUUUGAGAGAAAUGCUUUAAUGCUAUGCCAACGUCUUCAAAACACUUUGACCCACUAUUGUGCAACAUUUGUCAUUACUUGUCAAGACCAUACAACUUACGACCUGUUCAAUCUGCUCCCUGCAACAUUUUUUCCUACCAGAACUUUAGUACGUGUGGUCUGUCAAUAAUGGUGUGGUCAUAGUGGAUGUUCUCAAAAAACCCUCAACCUUUUUCAUUCUAAGACAUUUCCUUCAGUCUUUUACAUUAGUGCCUAGACUGCUGUACUCGUAAUGAAACACAAACAGACAUCUAGAUUUAAGUGCUUUACUCUUGUGUGCAAGGAGAUAGACAACCCAGAAUCCUUUACUAAUGGAUUAUGUUGUAACAUCGACUCAGAAUCCAUUGCCUUGCCACGGUUAUCUUAAAAGGAUAUUUAGCCAUUGACAGUUCCAGUGUUCUACACCAAAUAAAAGUGUGGUGGUUUGACCCAGUUGAAAACCUACAAAUAAUUAGAGAGGAGGACAGAUGGCUAGAUACAAAUUGAGCCAAGAUUGGAGGUGGACUUUAGCACAGCUUUGCUUGUCAAUAUACAAACAGAUUGAUUUUCCUUCCAAAGUUAUCAUAUGCUACUUACAUAAUAAUGCACACAGACUGUUUAUUUCAAACACCUAGGGAAUUUGCUAUGACAUGGAAACCACUGCAGUUCUAAUCACUUUAAAACGAAUAUUAAGUAUGAAUUAUCUAAACCAAAAGAAUAUUUGGGUGACAACUUCACUCAUUUGGACUGUUAAAGCAUUUCUCACAGUGUGGUGUAAUGUUGUUUUCAAACAGGGGGUGCAUGAUUUAAUUUGGGACCCCCCCUGUAUAGCUCUUUACUUUUAGGUGUGUGUGAUGAAGACGUGUGUUUGCGGUGAGUGUGCAGACUAAUUUAAUUUAACAAACGGUUUCCACUCUCAGGCAUCUGCUUCUGUUGUCAAAGGGAAUUUUAGGUUAGUUGAACAAUAUUUAAAGGACUGUUGAUGUUUUUGUUUUGGUCAGAAAGAUGGCAACUUUUGUUUUUUGUUUUCAUUUUUGUGAGAGUGUACAUGUAUUGAUGUAAUAUUACCUUAAAAUUUUUUAUCUGAAAUGUC